UGGCAACACCCACCGUAAAAAACGAUUUUAGUCGCAGUCGCAGAGAUUUUGGUUUUGGGGGAGGUGCGGAAACAGCUUCUACGAUUCAUUUUUGAUCAAUUCUUCAACAACAUUUAAACGAACGAAUAAGUUAGCAGACCAUAUAGACUGAAAUCAGCAGAUCCGGACACCAGGCGGGACAACCUUAAGACUUCUUCACGAGACGAUAUCGAAUCCAACGAAUCCCGAGAAUGGCUCACACACACCUGGGACGCGCCGUGAAAAACAUUGAGGCGCCACGCCCGUUGAAGACACAAUCGCGAUCGUCGUUGAAGAACAGCUACCUGGUGAUCGAGGAGCUAAUCCAGUUGAUAGACAACGUGACCGUCGGUCUUCAGUCGUGCAACACCACGCCGGAAUCGAUCACGCUGCUCCUGCACAACCUCCGGGUGCAUGGACCGCAACUGGAGGCGGUGUCCAAGGAUACACUGGACCGGGCCUUCGUCGUUUUCCGCAACGCUUCGCAGGACGAACGGCUGAAUAUAACGACGCGCCUCAAGCUGCUCGAACUCAUCGAGCUGCGCGCCAAGAGCUGGGACAAUGACGACACAAUCGCGUACUACAAGUCCAAGCAGCAGAUCUCCAACGUGGAGCUGCCUUCGGAAUACCAGUACGAUGCCGGCGUGCAGCCUGGCGCCUUCAGCACCUCCCCCACAUUCGGCGUCAGCGGCGGUGUUGGUGGCGUUAACGAUGGAGCCGCAGCCGCCGCUGCCGCCGUCUUCAAUGCAGCAUCUGCAGCUGCAGCCGCCCAAGCUGCGGCCAUUGCGGCCGUGGGCACAUCCAACCAGCAGCACAUGCUGCUGCCGCCCGGUGAGGUCAUUCGUAAUUCGGGCAAGUUCCCCAAACCGACCAAGAUUCCUGGCAAGACGUACUGCAAGGACGAGGUCGUGAUUCGCAAUGCUGACUCCGGCAAAGUAAUGGGCAUCAAGGGGCGUCGCGUGCACAUGAUCGAGGAGCUAAGCGAAACCAUUAUAUCGUUUCAAAGAGUCAACCCGGGUGCCAAGGAGCGUUUGGUGCAGAUUACUGGUCCAGCUGAGGAUAAAAUUAACUAUGCCAAACAACUUAUGGAGGACACCAUUCGUCGGAACGCCUCGCCGGUGCGCCUGGAACCCGCUCCUGCCGUUGGAGGAUCCUGCUCCUCGCUUAACUCGUCCAACUCGGACGACGCCAUUGUGCAACCAAGAACGCCAACCGGAAGCAGUUUGGCCAACCGGCUAAGCUUUAACUCGGCCCAAAACUUCAUGACCGCCACAGCUGCUGCACAGCAGAUCUCGCAGCAGAUGCACCACCAAACGCAUCACCUGCAGCACCAACAGCAGCAGCAGGUCGCCGCAGUAGCCGCCGCAGCAGCAGCGGCGGCACAUGCUCAGGCGACAGCCGCUGCCGGUAAAGUCUUGCGUCCCAAUCAACAGCUGCUAAUGCACUCAUAUUCCACAAACGAUGCUUCCGUAGGUGAAUACAAGUUCACGGUCAACGUGGGCCAGCACCUGAUCAAGAUCACCGGCGACUGCUGCGAACUAGUGCGCGUGGCCAAACUCGUGCUCGAUGACUAUUUUAGCAGCUCGGAGUUUCUGGCAUCCAUUGAGGCUGGCGCCGCCUUCGACGGCACUUCGCUGGUGACCACGCCAUCGACUCCGCUUCCCGGAGCCGGGCCGCCGCAAUUUUGGCUGCCCGGCACGGACAGUGGCAUUGGACUGAAUUGCGUUGUUUCCUCGUCAGCGAACAACAAUGGUGAAGGCGACGACGAGGUGUUCGCUGAGCCCAGCAAUGGAGGAUCAUCGACUAGCAAUCAGAAUGGACUGGCCAGAUCGCGUCGCAGCCACUUUUCGCGCAAGGAGUCCACGCCGGAGACCAAGGGCGCUCGGGAAAAGGGUGACUUGGACGAUUUGGCAGGCACCAAUUCCUUGAAAAGCAAUGCAUCUCGCGUUUCUUACGAUAUUGAACACUUGCUCUACUACUCCAUGAGUCCGCACUCGUGGACCCUGCCCACCGACUGGCAAAAGAUGCAGGAGACAGCGCCCUCGAUUCUGCGCAACAAGGUAAUUUCGCCGUUCGAUGGCUCACUUGGCCGUACGGCUUACUCUUCGAACAUCCCCGAUGCUAUCAUCGCCAGUGCACCUAACUCAUCAGUAAUAACACAUCCGUGGGCUUUAAAUGCAAUAACCUCCUCCCCGAACACAAAUAUCAUCAGCACCGCCGUUGGACUAGCUGCUGUCGAUGCGUCGGCAGACAACAAUCCCCUAACCGUCACUAACAAGCAAUCAAAAGGGAUCUUCGCCGAACGCGAGAACCGUCGCCUUCCCAAAACAUCGGCCGUGUCCGAUCGAAACCUGUAUAACAAGCAAUUGCAAAUCAUAACUAAUACUGUGGGUCAAUCGGUGGCAACACAAGGAAAGCAUCGCCAGUCUAGCUAUCAAACAUCACAAGUGAAGGCAAUUUUUCAACGCUACUGCGAGGACGAUGAGUUUUCAUUGGCACUGUGCGAAACAGAAUCGAAUAAUAACCGCGUUUAUGUGUAAUUUCAUUUAAUUUCAUUUAAUUUAAUUUAAUUUUACGUAGCCGGAAUACGUAUUAUUGAAUCUCAGUCACAGAUAGGCUUUUCUUUUCAUGUCAGUAUUUUUGCUGUUUUAAUUUUAUAUAACUUAUCAUUAAGAAAAGGUGAAGCGUGAAGAACUUGAUAAUGAAUCAAGUCAAUACAUCAUUAUCAUUAUCAUCAUCCAGUCAUUAGAUUAACGACAUACCAUCGAAACCAAACCGAUCGCUAGUCUUAGAGGUAACAAUACAUAUAAUGCAUUGAAAUUAAAAUGUAACUAUAGGGAGAAUCUGUGUUUUGGCUGUGAAACAGAUUAAGUCGUCGCUAAGGAUAAGCUGGAAAGGCGGUUGAAACCGCUUAACCGCUAACAAACAAACAUUCUCGAAUUCAAACCAACAUUUACAAAUCUGUAAUCAAUACGAUUUAUAUUAACUAAUAAACAGGACUUUCAAAGUCCGUAAC